ACAACAGAAUAUCUUCCCAUAAGGUGUAUUUGUAAUCCAUUUUACAAAUUUCAAUAUCCUGUCAGAUAAUAGAUUUUUAACCAAGAUAAUAAAAGAGGUUCUGAUUAAUAAUAGGGACCACUUUCCGUUUGACCUUUCAAGAAGCGACAAAUACAGUACAGAAAUAGAAACAUCUUUUGACUUCCUUAUCUCAAAUGGUAUCGCAAAGUUAGUAUCGGUUUACUCCUGGGAAUAAGAAAGUUACGCGACGAAAGAGCUAUUUGAAGUGUAGCUUUUAGCUCGCCAUGUGCACUUGAGUGGUAUAAUAAACAAUUAGUACUACUAAGACACACGUGAUAACAUUAAUGACUCAUGCAUGAUGGCACAUAGUAUAUCAAGCGUCACGAGAUUCUAAAAAAAUACACAACUUCUUUGAAGACCAGUGGUGACAGACCAUGUCAAAUGAGGCGCUUCGCCGACAUGAGGCCAACAUAGUGCUUGGGUACUACAUCGCCAUCUUUGUCAUCGGCUUCGUCACAAACACAAUCGUCGUGAUCACCUUCAUUUUCUCCAAACGUCUCCACACAACUCCCAACCUAAUCCUCUUCAGCAUGUCUGUCUGUGAUUGGCUGAUGGCGGCGAUGGCCAAAUCCGUUGGUAUCUAUGGCAACGCUCGCUACUGGCCCACCGUUGGCAAGGUCACGUGUGAUUACUACGCCUUCGCGACUUCUGCCAUUGGCUAUGCCUCUAUUCUACACUUGGCAGCGCUCGCGGUGGAAAAACGCAUGGCUGUUGCUAGUCCCAUGACGAAUUCACUCAACGAGCGACGAAUGCUCGUCAUCAUAGCAACCCUAUGGGGUUUUGCCAUCCUUUGGGCUGUCUUCCCUCUGAUUGGAUGGUCAUCGUACGGCCCAGAACCCGGUUACGUGUCUUGCUCAAUCACGUGGUACACCACAGAUCACAAUAACGUCUCCUACAUCAUUUGCAUAAGCGUCUUGUUCUUCUUUGUUCCCAUAGUAACAAUGACGUUUAGCUUUGCUUCCAUAUACAAAGCAAUAAGGAAUAUAUCCCAUGAAGCCAUUGCGCGAUGGGGAAGCCAUGCACGGGCGACACAGGAAACCAUCAAAGCCAAGGCAAAAACUGCAAAAAUGGCAUUCCUCAUGGUCAUGUGUUUUCUUUUCGCUUGGACACCCUACGCGGUGGUCUCCCUGUGGACAACGUUCGGCGGUACGCACAGGAAUCCCGCGCUUCUAGGGGUACUGCCCUCUCUGUUCGCCAAGCUGUCAUCCUGUUAUAAUCCUAUUAUAUACUUUUUCAUGUAUACGAAAUUUCGACGCGCGGCGAAGCUAUUGUUUAUCAAGAAAGUUAUUAGACCGACAGAAGCCGAGAGGUCGCGUGUUUUGUCGGGUAUCAGGACACGGGCUGCAUCAACAUUUGCAGUUAAGCUCACAGUCCAUGCGGAAAAAGGUCAGCAGAUUGCUCCUAACAUAACGCCACAGGGUGCUGUCAAGGGGCCCGUUGAAAGCAUCGAGGAUAACCUCCAAAAAAUUGAGACCAUAACGCCUUGCACUAGCGUAUAAGUCAUCUACGAAAAGAGCGUUCAUUAUAUUCGUCUCCAUGCAUGGCCUCGGCUGUGAUCUGCAUAAUGAUCUCCAACAUUUAAGCAAAACCCGAAUAAGUAUACAAGUUAUCGGAAGAUCAUGAAUUACUCAUUGUACUGGUUUGAUGAUAACUAGUUCUCUUGUCGAUAGUUGGCUACCCUUGUUCCAGAGUCUCAUUUUUUCCUUCUAUCUGUUUAAUGGCUCGUACAAGGCAACUCGUUGUCGCCGUUUCGCGGCUCUUUGUCGCGGCGCGUGAGUAGUGAAACUUGCAGCCUCUGGAACCAAGGUAAAUGUUGGCUGUACCUAAAUAAUUAAAACGGUCUAAUGUAAAGGAUGUCAAA